AUGCAAUAUGCAACCCAGUUAACGCGAUAUAUUUGACAUUUGCCAGUUGUAAACACAUGUUAUAUUUCUGUCAAAUGUCACGUUUUCAAAAUAAUUUUCUGUAAGCUAUUUACAGAUUUAAAGUGUCUAUAUACAGUAUAGGAAUUUUGCGAUUUAUAAUAUGAAAUUUACAGUGCAGAACGUGUCAAAACUACGGCCCCGCAUUGGAACUUUGAGUAAUUUUGGCGAAAGGAAGAAUGGUACACUUGAAACCCCCAUGUUGUUGCUACAUUCUCAGGGAGGGCAAAUUCCACAUAUAACCCAUGAAGUUUUUAAAUUAAUCAGUAAAGAUGCCCACAUAUUACAAAUACCUCUGACGAGCAUGCAUAAUUUCCAAGAGACUUUGGAACAAUACAAUGGUACAAUAACAGAUUUUAUAGGCAGUAAGGAAAGCUUAUCGUGCAUAACAUUCCAUGAUCCAAGUAACAUAACACGUCAGGGGCACCAUGCCAAAAACAAAGUACCUUUAUGGACCAAAAAUGGGAUAGUUUACUAUGAUGCUCCUAUGUACUGCAAAGUGCUUGAAUCAUACAAACCAGACAUGUACUUUUUUAUUUCGGAUGGAGACACAAACAAAGGUAGUCAGCAGAAAAGAAUUCAAAAGGCUGUGGAUACAACAAUACAUUUUUAUAAGGAUUGUUUGGAGGGGCACAAGAAGUCAGCUAUUUUAAAGAAUUCUUUUGCCAUGGCUUCUAUAGCUGGUGGUUAUUGUCUUAAGUCAAGGGAAAAGUGUAUGGAUGUUAUGCUGAAAGACUCUGAAAUUGGGGGCUAUGUUAUUGAUGGUUUACACAAUAAUGGGCCUGAAAUUGAGUUUAUUCCCUUUGAUGAAGUUAAAUCAGUUGCAGAGUUUGUUAUGAGUAAAAUCCCUGAGAAUAAACUAAUGUGUGUUCAAGGUUGUUGGAACCCUGUAAAUAUAGUGAAAUUUAUACAAUUAGGUGUGGAUCUUUUUGACACAUCCUACUGUAGAAUUGUUACCGAAAGAUCAUCAGCCUUAACCUUUUCUGUGGAUCUACAGGGGGAAUUAGAAGAGUAUGAAAUUAAUUUAAGGGAGCACAAAUAUGCAGAUGAUUUUCAACCAAUACAUAAUACUUGCAGUUGCUUUACUUGUAAAAACUAUUCCAGGGGUUACAUUCAUCAUUUACUAACUGUUCAAGAAUUAUUAGGACCAAUUCUCAUUAUGAUUCAUAAUAUACACCACUACUUAAAUUUCUUUGAUACAAUCAGACAAUGUAUAAAAGAAAACACUCUAAAUGAAUUAGAAUUUAUUUUAAUAAAACAGUUUAAAAAUUAUGAAGACAGCAGGAAAAAGAAUACUGCAGAAAUUAGUACUUUCAGUGAGGGUUAAAAUAAUCAUGUUUUACUAUUUUACAAGUAUUUUAUUACUGAUAUUUUUAUACAAUU